AUGGCGCAGGACAAGGGAGAGUACAGCCAGGUCGCGAGGGAAGCCCCCGCGGACAGCACGGGGGGCAGGCUGAAGGCCGCUUUCGACGGAACGCCCUUCAAGUGGAAGGUCGCGAUCGCGGCAGGCAUCGGCGUCGCGGGCGUCGCCGCUCUGGGCGGCGGCCUCGCGGCUGGGAGCCGUGGCGCGUCUAGUGGGGCGGCCGUGGCGGCGGCGCAAAGCGAGGCCGUCCCGGCGCAGGCGAGCGUGACCGCGGACGCGCACGUCGGGUCGAAGGACCUUUCGGCGACCGGGUCGAGGACGCUGGAGGAGCCGGUGGCGGUGAAGGCGCCGGUGGCGGUGAUGAGCAAGGACAGCUUCGGCAAGGGCACGUCCUGCCGUGGUGUGGACGGCCAGGAGGGCGCUGAGGGCACGUCCUUCAAGGUCUACGCGGGCGUGAGCACCUUUGCCGACUGCAAGGAGAAAUGCCAGGGCGUCGGGGACUCGUGUACGGGCGUCGAGUACCACCACGACAGCCUCGAGUGCAGGGCAUGGAGCGCGCCCAUCGGGGGGACCGUGGAGGCGAAGGACGUCGGGUGCUUUCGGAGGAAGGGUGCGGAGCCAAACGCCAGCACCACCUCCAACGCGUCGGACGCCGCGCCGAUUGCCAAUCCCAAGCAAGAGGCCAAGUCGGCAGAGCGCCCAGCCAAGUGCGGCGACCGCUUCAAAGCGCCUAAGAAGCCGAAGACGGCCGACGAGCACAACGGCGUGGCCCUCGAGGACGUCUGCUUCGAGGGUGACGGCCCCCACCAUGUCUUCAUCAUCGGCGACUGGGGUGGCAUUACCCAGGGCGAUGGACGGCUCGCCGCCGCGCCGCAUCUCACGCACCGCUGGGAGACGAACUACAACUUCGUCUGGCCCCCUGACGAGCAGGCCCAGACCCUCGUCCGCGACCAGAUGCGGAAGCGCGCUCCGGAGAGCAGGCCAGACUACUUCCUCAACGUCGGUGAUAAUUUCUAUUGGGCGGGGGUCGAGGACCACUGCGGCGCGAAGGACAUCACGAAGCCCUACAGCAAGGGCGGCACCACGGUCUACAAGGAACAUAAGGUGAAUCAGUUCGAUCACGUGUACGAGAAGGUCUAUACCGGGGACGGCAUCGACGACAAGCAGUGGCUGGGCGUCCUGGGCAACCACGAUUAUGGCGGUUGGCUGUUCACCCACGCCUGGGACCAGAACAUCGGCUACACCUGGAGCUCGGCCGACUACUCCACUGGUCGGUGGAUGACUCCGGCCAUGUACUAUCGGUCCAAGGUGUGGUACGAGGACUUCGCCGUCGACUAUUACUUCCUGGACACCAACAUUUUCGACGCCCUGGACCCCAAGGAUCCGUCCCCGCACAAUAUCUGCUCCGAGACGCACAACGACGAGAAGCCCGUCACCUGCGCCCCCGUGGGGCCGAGCGGCGUGUGGAAGUGCCAGGACUGGUUCGGCAAGCUUUGGAAGAAGCAGCAGAAGUGGCUCGACGAGGUGGUGCCAGAGUCGACCGCCGACUGGCGCAUCGUCGUCACGCACUUUCCGCCGAGCUGGGGCGCGCCCGACUGGAAGAAGCUCGGCUUCAAGCACGAAAUCGACCUCGUCAUUGCCGGUCAUAGGCACCGCCAGGACAUGCACCAGCCUGGCGACAACAGGACCAUGGUGUGGCAUAACGACCCGAACGGGCUGUACAACGAUUUCCUGGACCCCAUCGUGUGGGUGACCUCCGGCGGCGGCGGCGGCGUCACCUCCGAGCGGGAGCCGUCGAUGGACGGUAAUGACGACCAGUAUGGCUUCAUGGAUAUGACCCUGGAGAAGAGUAAGAUUACGAUCGAGGGUAUCUCCCAUGGUGGUCAGCUUCGCAGGAAGCUCGUCAUGGAGCCCGCGUUUCCUCAUCACCCUCUGUACGACGAGGCCAAGGCCAAGAAGGCCGCGAAGGAGGCCAAGGAGAAGGCAACGGCCUGGACGAAGAAGCAUGCGGCAGAGAUAAAGGCCAAGGAAGAGGCAUGGGCCGAGGCACACAAGAAAAAGCCCGAGACGGAAGGGGACAGUGAUGAUUCCGAGGCAGAUGCCCAUGCUGAGUGA